GGUGGCCCAGGCGGCCUCGGCCACCGCGGAGUAUCUCGGCGCCGUGUUUCGUCGUGUGUAGCCCGGGAGUGAGCUGUUCCUGCGGGAAAAACUAAUGCGGAGCGGUCGGUCCGGGUUGGUCCCGGCGUGCGCCUCAGAGGGACGCUUCCGAAGUUGGAGGGAACAGGAAGGAUACUUGUCCAGCGAUACCACUGAAGUACCUGCUUCCCACCGCUUUCCUCAUUUAACUUCCCCUUGGGGUCAGCUGGUUGUCAGCAUGCCUUCUACUGAGAACACCUCAAAACUUUUCCUGGUCCUCGUUUCAUUGCUGCUGGUGCUGCCAGUAGUUGAAGCCCUGGACGCAGGAGAUACCAUCGCCUUCCUACUAGGCCUCACUGUCAGUGUUGUUGGAUUCUGUGCCUGCCUUGGCUUGUAUGCAAGGAAAAGGAAUGGGCAGCAAUAAUUUCAAGAAGAUGCUCAGAUGAAGUGAAUUUCCAAACAUGGCUUAGGGUUGCGAUCUGGGAUGUAAGACUGAUCUUCGAUUCUGGGUAACUUUCAAAAACCAUGUAGUAGAUAUUUCUGCAAAUCCCUCUUACUGUGCAAUACAACAGAAUCAAGACUGUACCCAGUAAAAGGGAUUUGUAGGAUCUGUCCUUGUGACAAUAAGAUGAUUUUAUAUUGCUUGUGAUUAAAUAUUGCCUUAGAGAAGGGUAAGAACUUUUUGAAUGGGGAAGGAAAACCACGGAAUGGUUCACAGUAAAUGUUUGUAAAUGGAACAUGUGAGGGAGACCAUCAACAAGUUCCAUAAUUUUGGUUUCAAGGGUUAAUCAGGAGGACGUAGCUAUUAAUCUUCCAGUCAGGAUGACACAGCUUUGGAAGUACUCCUAACUAGAUAGCUAGUGAGCAGACUGCUUUGGCUUGUGUGCACGCGCUCACAUUCUUUGAAAUGACAGUUAAUACCUAACAGCUCACUGCUGUCACAGGGCUGAGACUCCAGAGAACUAAGAAAACCUGGAAAACUUUUUUUCUUACGUAUUUUUGUUUUAGAAUGUGCCUCUCCUGUAGCCUGUGUUCUUGUUACCAAGUAGAUACACUUAAGAAUGGGACCACUAUUUUUCUUUAAUGUAUUUCACAGAGAAGUACGCAUAAGGCUACGUAAAUCAGAUUAGGGAUAUGCUUUUUGUCUCUUGUUUAGUUUUUGUACUCAGCUUUCCUUUAGGCACACCAGGUUUAAGUCUUAUUUCAUUUAGUGUUUGUAUUUUUUCCCCCAAACUGAGGACCUAUUUUAAUGAGGAAUUAUGUGUAGUAGUUCUGCAUUAGGGGGUUAUUAGAAUUAUAACAAGACAGUUGUACACAUUUCUUUUGCAAUAUGGAAAAAACAUGUUUUGUUAAAAUCCUGGUUUUAGCCAGCAGGUCCAUUGUUCUCGAGUGUCUUCCUCAUGACAAACUUAUGUUGCUAGCUAAACAUUUAGGCUUCUUACCUAACUGAUGCAUAUGAGUUCCACAGAAGAUUAGGACCAAAACCAAAGUAAAAAAUAGUGAUGCAAAAUGGGAGACUUAAAUAGUCUUACUCUGUUCAGGCUCAGUCAGAUUGUAUGGUAUACAGUUGAAAGACUCUACUCAGUAGAACAUCCAGGACCUGUUUCUUUCUUUAAGUACCAAAGGUGUAAUGGCACAGCCAAGAAUGUCUACCACAUGUCCCUGUGGCUUGUUAGGUGGCUUGUGCUGUGGACAUUGCCGCUCUUGCUAGAAAUCUUGGCUUUUACCUUUCAGAGCUGGGGAAAAAGGUUAGAUGUGAUGCAGAGCUAUGCAUUUUGAUACUACUCCUCCCCUUCCUCUGUAAGUGUCUCUGUUCAGUAGAGCACAAAGCAAUGGCUAGAAGAGUUAUCAGGCAGGUCUUACAUAAGUAAUUGGGUGGGUAGAUCAUGUUCUCCAAAUUCUAAGAUUUCUGUGUGCUGUUUGUGGCUGGUUUGACUUCUCUCUCCAACCUCUGAGGAGACAGAAGCCCUGGUUAUUUCAGUCUUGCAAUUUAUGUCCCUUUCUCAUUGUUGACAGAGGGAGGAAGGUAAAACAAAAGCUUCCAAAACUGCAUGGGGUUGAAACUGUAGGACUCAACCCAGCAAGCCACAGGAAUGUAGGUUUCUGUUCUCAAGUUACAGGAAUAAUAAUGGUCACAAAGUUACUCUGAUGAGAUGCAAGUCAUGCCAGGUAGCUGUUCUUGAACCCUUUUUGUGGCUUCCAAAAGUCAGAAAGGGAGGUGGUGCAGAGUUACUAUGUACAAAUGAACUUUACAGCCCUAAGAGGAGCUUCAGACAGUAGUGUCACCUUUGAAAGCUGCCUAGCAGCAGUAGAUGACCCUGUAUGUGAUUAUUCAAGUGGGUGGAUGCAAGCACACAUCAAGUGUGAUCUUCCAUGUUUCAGCUUGGCUAACCCAUUGCCCUUAAAAAAAAAACCAACACAGAAUCACCACUUAUUCACUUUAUAUUUCCCAAAAUUAGAGAAUUUUGCCAAUUUUUCAGUAGAAUAUUAAAUACUGCUUUUUCAGUAGAAUAAAUUUUAUCAUGAGCAGCUUUUCACAGACUCCUUUAUCUUCGCUUUGGAAAAGAUCCCUGGCAAUAGUUUCACAGAAUUGUGCAACAGUUUCACUGCAGAAGAACAAAAUUUUAGCAGAGUAAUUAGUGUCAGGUGAUAGGGAUAUGAGGAACUGUGUUCUUUGCCCAAAACUGUAUGUACUUCAUUGAAAGGUGUUUGUACACUGUAAUGGCAUUGUUUCCUGGGUUCUGAUAGAAGCUUUAUUGUUAAAGACUUGCGUUUGUCAAUGACUUGAGUGUAAAGUCGGAUACCUCUGUUUUUCUUCUGUCUUAAUAAAUUUUCACAUACGAUUUGUCA